AUGCCUGGCGGGGCUCUUCCCGCCCGUCCCAGGGGACGCCUGGCGGGCCUCUGCCCCGCCCAUCCCGGGACGCCUAACCCGCCCGUCCCCCGGACGCCUGGCGGGCCUCUGCCAGCCCGUUCCCGGGACGCCUGGCGGGGCUGCCCGCCCGUUCCAGAGCCGCCCAGUCCUGGGACGCCCUGGCGGGCCACUGGCGGCCGGCGGGCCGCUGCCCGCCCGUAUCUGGGGCGCCUGAGCAGCCCGCCCGUCCCCGGGACGCCUGGCGGGCGGAGGCCCGCCCGUCCCCAGGCGCCGGCUGACGAAGUCCCGCCCGUCCACGGGACGCCUGGCGGGCGGAGCCCCGCCCGUCCCCGGGACGCCUGGCGGUCGGAGGCCUGCCCGUCCCCGGGACGCCUGGAGGGGCUCUUCCCGCCCUGUCCAGGGACGCCUGGCGGGCCUCUGCCCCCCCCGCCCGUGGGACGCCUAACCCGCCCGUCCCCCAAGACGCCUGGCGGGCCUCUGCCCCCCGUUCCCGGGAACGCCCUGGCGGGCCUUCUGCCCGCCCGUUCCAGGGACCCGCCUGGCGGGCCUCUGCCCGUUCCAGUCCUGGGCCCGCCAGUCCUGGACGCCCUGGCCGGGCCACUGCCCGCCCAUCCCCGGGACGCCUGGCGGCCACUGCCUGCCCGUCCCCAGGCGCAUGACGGGCCGCUGCCCUGCCCGCCCGUCCCCGGGGCGCCUGAGCGGCCCGCCCUUCCCCGGGACGUCUGGCGGGCCGCUGAUCGCCCGUCCCCGGGACGGCCUGGCGGGCAAGCUGCCCGCCCGUCCCCGGGAGACCUGGCGGGCCCCUCUGCCCACCCGGUCGCCGGGACGCCUGGCGGGCGGAGGCACGCCCCACGGUUCCCCCGGGAACGCCUGGCGGCGGAGGCCCGACCGGUCCUCGGGACACCUCGCGGGGGGAGGCCCGCCGGUCCCCUGGACGCCUGGACCGGGGAGGCCCACCUGGCCCCGGGACACCUGGCGGGCGGAGGCCCGCCCCCCGUCCCCGGGAGGUCUGGCGGAUCUCUGCCCGCCCGUCCCCCGGGCGCCUGGCGUGCCGCUGCCCAGCCCGUCCCCGGGGGCCCCCGGGCGCCUGAGCGGCCGCCCUUAAUUUCCCCGGGACGUCUGGUGGGCCGCUGCCCACCCGUCCCCGGGAGGCCUGGCUGGGCCUCUGCCCGCCCGUCCCCGGGACGCCUGGCGGGCGGAGGCCCGCCGGUCCCCGGGGCGCCUGGCGGGCCUCUACCCUCCGUCCCCGUGACGCCUGGCGGGUCGGAGGCCCGACGCCAGUCCCCGGGACGCCACCUGGCGGUCGGAGAACCGCCCGUCCCCGGGACGCCUGGUGGGCGGAGGCCCGCCCGUCCCAUGGACACCUGGCGGGCGGAGGCCCGCCCGUCCAGGGACGCUUGGCGGGCCUUGCCCGCCCGUCCGGGACGCCCUGCCGUGCGGAGGCCCGCCCGUCCCCGGGACGCCUGGCGGCGGAGGCCCGCCCACGUCGGGACGCCUGGCGGGCGGGAGGCCCGCCCGUCCCCGGGACGCCUGGCGGGCGGAAGCCCGCCUGUCCCCGGGACGCCUGGCGGGCGGAGGCCCGCCCGUCCCCGGGACGCCUGGCGGGCGGAGGCCCGCCCGUCCCCGGGACGCCUGGCGGACGAAGUCCCGCCCGUCCACGGGACACCUGGCGGGCGGAGGCCCGCCCGUCCCCGGAACGCCUGGCGGGCGGAGGCCUGCCCGUCCCCGGACGCCUGGCGGUCGGGGCUCUUCCCGCCCGUCCCAGGGACGCCUGGCGGCCUCUGCCCGCCCGUCCCCGGACGCCUACCCGCUACCCGCCCUUCCCCCGGACGCCUGGCGGGUCCCCUCUGCCCGCCCGUUCCCGGGGACAGCCUGGCGGCCUCUGCCCGCCCGUUGUUCCAGGGACGCCUGGCGGGCCUCUGCCCGCCAGUCCUGGGACGCCUGGCGGGCCACUGCCCGCCCAUCCCCGGGACGCCUGGCGGGCCGCUGCCCGCCUGUCCCCAGGGCGCCUGGCGGGGGCCGCUGCCCGCCCGUCCCCGGGGCGCCUGA